AUGGCACAGAGCCCAAGCAAGUCCUCGCGGCCAGCCAAGAACCUUCGCAUGCUGGCGACCACCGGCAGUGUGGACUUGGCUCCUGACAGCAUCACGCGCUUCAACGAGGCUUCGGCUACGGGGCCUUCUGCCACGCAGGGCUGGCCUGCGAAGAGUCGGGAGGCGGAGGGAUCCAAUAGCUGGAGACCCGUGACUUUCUCCUCGGCCAAGAAGGACUCUGAGGGGAAAGAGUCCUCGGUGGGGAAGGUCCAUCUGCCGGGCUAUGGUACUGCAGAUGGGGCUAGUACACUGGCCAAGGUAUUGCUGUCCAGGAUCAACAUCUCAAUCUAUGGUCCGGAAGCUCGCCGUCAGCAGCAACAGCAGUACCAGCAGAUGCAGAUGAUGUCCAACGGCAUGCCGCAGAUGCAAGUCCAUGGCGUUCAUGUGCCAGUACAAGGCGGCCAAGGUAUGCCCAUGAUGCACGGCAUGAGUUUGCCUACUCAAGGUUAA